ACGCAGAGUUGUUGGCAGUUGGGCAGCAAACCGAACACAAGCUUGACAUACAAAAUCCAACCGCAAAAACCACACAUUAGCCAACGUUGAGUGCGAGCAGGAAAUGCUUGUUAGUAUUUAUUGCUGUUUUUAGUUUUGUUUAAUCCAACGAAAGCCAUUCGAAACUUUUACCAACAAGCGUGGAGUAGUUCGCCCCGUUACGGCAGUCAAGUUCAAAAACGACGCAGAAUGGGACGCAAAGUGACGGUCGCCGUUGCCACCCUGAACCAGUGGGCGCUGGACUUCGAAGGCAACAUGUCCCGGAUAAUGGAGUCCAUCAUCGAGGCACGUGAGCUGGGUGCCACCUACCGGACCGGACCGGAGCUGGAAGUGUGUGGCUACAGCUGCGAGGAUCACUUCCACGAAUCGGACACCUACCUGCACUCAUGGGAAAUUCUGCUGGAGAUCAUGAUGUCCCCGCACUGUCAGAACAUGUUGAUCGACGUGGGAAUGCCGGUUCAGCACAGGAAUGUGGCCUACAACUGCCGGGUGGUGUUCUGCAACAAACGCAUCCUGCUAGUGCGCCCGAAGAUGGCGAUGUGCGAUGACGGUAACUAUCGGGAGACGCGCUGGUUUACGUCGUGGUCAAAGGAACGUCAAACGGAGGAGUACUACCUACCACGGAUGAUUGCGGCUGCGACCGGACAGCACACGGUCCCGAUCGGUGAUGCCGUAAUUGCAACGCGUGACACCUGCAUCGGGUAUGAAAUUUGCGAGGAACUGUGGAAUCCACGCAGCACCCACAUCGAUAUGUCGCUGUCGGGUGUGGAAAUUAUGGUCAACAGUUCGGGGAGCUACAUGCAACUACGGAAGGCCUACAUCACAACGGAUCUGAUCCGGAAUGCCAGCUUCAAAGCCGGCGGUAUGUAUUUGUUUAGUAACCUGCGGGGAUGCGACGGACAGCGAAUUUACUUCAACGGAUGUUCGGCGGUCGCACUGAACGGACAGAUCAUUGCCAGGGGGAAACAGUUCGCUUUGGAGGAAGUAGAAGUAACUACGGCCACCGUUGAUCUCGAGGACAUCCGGUCGUACAGGUUGGCUCUUCGGUCGCGCUGUUCGGUGGCGGCUUCGACUCCAACCUAUCCGCGAAUCAACAUAGACUUUGAACUGUCCCAUCCGAAUGAUUUGAACAUACCGCAAAGUGCCCCACUCGAUUGGAUCUACCACAGUCCGGAGGAGGAAAUUGCUCUGGGGCCGGCAUGUUGGCUUUGGGACUAUUUGCGUCGUUCGGGCCAAGGUGGUUUCUUUCUGCCGCUCAGUGGCGGAGUCGAUUCCAGCAGCACUGCCAUAAUUGUUCAUUCGAUGUGCCGCCAGGUGGUGAAAUCCGUUAUGCUUGGUGACGUUCAGGUUUUGCAUGAUGUUCGGAAGAUACUGGCCGAUCCGGAAUACACCCCGGACAAUCCGGUGGCUCUGUGUAAUCGUCUUCUGGUCACUUGCUACAUGGGAAGUGAGAAUUCCAGCAAAGAAACACGUCAACGGGCAACCACACUUUCGUCUCAGAUCGGUAGCUAUCAUCUGGAGAUCAACAUCGAUGGGGCCGUCGGUGCUCUGUUGACGAUCUUCAACACGGUCACCGGAAUGAAACCGUUGUUUAAAACACAAGGUGGCUGCCCCAGGCAAAAUCUAGCACUGCAAAACAUUCAGGCUCGCACAAGAAUGGUACUGUCCUAUCUGUUUGCCCAGCUGAUGCUGUGGGUUCGCAAUAGACCUGGUGGUCUGCUGGUGCUUGGUUCAGCCAACGUAGACGAAGCACUCCGGGGCUACAUGACCAAGUACGAUUGCUCGUCUGCGGACAUCAAUCCGAUUGGUGGCAUCUCGAAAACGGAUCUGAAACGGUUUCUGCUGUUUGCCAAAGAGAAGUUCAACCUUCCGAUCGUGGCGGACAUUGUGACGGCACCACCGACCGCCGAACUGGAACCAUUGCGUGAUGGUCACUUGGCACAAACCGACGAGGAAGACAUGGGAAUGACCUACAACGAACUAAGCGAGUUCGGUCGGCUGCGAAAACAAGCGCACUGCGGUCCCUACAGUAUGUUCUGUAAGUUGGUUUCGAUGUGGAAAGAUUCCACCAACAAUCCUCAGGUGGUGGCCGACAAAGUGAAGCACUUUUUCCGCUGUUACGCAAUCAACCGGCACAAGAUGACGGUUCUGACACCGGCGUACCACGCCGAAUCGUACAGUCCGGAUGAUAACCGGUUCGAUCAUCGGCCUUUCUUGUACCGGGCCAACUGGAGCUGGCAGUUCAAGUGUAUCGAUGAGGAACUGGAACGGGUUAACUGUCCGCGUUCGUCGGGAAGCGAUAAAACGACCGGCCUCAACAACCGGUCUGGUUCACCGGCGAAAGGUGGUGGUGGUGGAUCGGGUGGAGGUUCGGAUAAAUCUAGCGGCGCACCAAUAUUUUUCGCCGACGGUGCUGCGAUCGGUGGUGGAAUGACCAGCGUGGGCAGUGCUCAUCAGCUGAACAAUCACGCCGGCUAUGGCCACGAAUCGCUCAAGCUGACUAAAUCACACAGCAGCGGCGGUUAUUCCAAAAUGCAUUCCAGUGUGCUGGGAAAGAUUAAGGAUCGAACUGGAGUUCCGGUUUGAGAGACGGCGUGACACGUGUCCGCAGCAACACAACCGCAUGUUUGUGAUCAAUUAGCGAUAAGUAAAGCUGUUUGUUUUCCUAUCGAAGUUAACAUUUCGUUUUGCAGCUACAAAAUGUAAUGAAUUUUAGAAUUUAAAAAUAAUAGAAAAAAAAAAACAAAACAUACCAAUGAUUGGUCGGCGGCCAGUAGUAGGGCAGCAGCCAGCACCACGUUUUUUAAAACACGCAUAAUAACAAAGAUUUUUAACGUUUUCCGUAGCUUUUAGAGCAGAUGAAAUCUUCCUACGUUAGUUAUAAACCGAAUGCUUUUCGAUUGUUGUAGUGCUUUCUUGAAAUGAUAGAACAAACCAACUUGCAAUUACGUCGUAGUUCACAACCAAUUCAACCAACAUUCGCGCACAGUAAGUCGCGGUGAAGUGAUAGAUAGAGCCAGUCGAAACCUAGAUUAUUGCAAUAGAAACAAUACAAAUGAAAGAAAGAAAAAAAAACAAUUUGAUAGCUAUCAAAAUAAGCUCACCUCUAUUGCCUGAGUAAUUGAAAGUAGGUUUUAAACUUUUAGAAUUUAGAUACAGUAGGUAGUAGUAGUUAACCGCGGUCAGCACCAGCAUAGGAACUGUGACUAUGAAUUUAGAAAUUAGAAUCAACGAUCAACGGAUAACAGAGCAGACCUCAAUCGGAUCGAUGCACACAAACAUACACACACACACACACACACUCAUAUCUAUUGUAACACAUAACCACAAAUUGUUCAGCAAUUGAAGAUUUCUAGGGAGCAACAUUCGAGUAGGACGGUUGUUUUUUUGUCGAAAAGAAUUAACAUGCUGUAAUAAAAUGUAACAGUUAUAUCAUUGA